GCAGAAGAAUUCGUUCAGCGCUUCUUUGAGGCGCAACAAGAUUUCAACCUUGUAUCUUGCGAGCUUCUCCUGCCGCCCGGCAGCGUUGGCUUCGUCGUCGAGAUGAACGGGGCCGGCCUGGCCUGGCUCAUGGACGCCUUCCCUGUCUUCAUCGCCGUUAGCUCUCAGGCUGCCCGCGGAGGGCGCGCUGUCACGAUUGCGAUCGGCGGGCCGAGGGCUUACGUUCCCAGCGCUGUUCGAGAGGCAGUCGCAUGGCUUCUGGCGGGUCCGCGCGUAGCCGCGGCCCCUGCAUCGAGCGCCUUCCCUCGGCGACUGGGCGGGGGACUUCCAGAGUCGCCGGUGGACCUCGCGAGCACGCAAGAGUACGGUUCCCCUCCCGAUGUCGUCAGUGGCCUCGCGGCGGAACGCGCGGAAGAGGCGGCCGAUGGGCUGUCCCCCACGCAGCCGGCGUUGAGCCGGAGCACGGAGCUGUGCGUGGAACACCUGGCAGUGGCCGCCGGCGAUGCGACGGCCGUGGCUGGAAGCAGGCGUGCGCGGCAGUCGCUUGGAGCUCGCCGCGUGGUUGGCGCGCUCGAGAAGGACGAGCCUUUCGUGGUCAUCCGCAGUUUCGGCCGCGCCGGCGUCCUCGAGAGCAUGGCCCUGUCCUUCUUCGAGAAGGCUGCCGCCCCCGUUUUCCUCGCGCUCUGCCCCGAGGACCCGUCCUUUCACGAGUACAUGGAAGUCUGCGGCGCGCAAGGGGAGGACGUGUACGGGAAGUGCGUCUCUCGAGUGCUGCUUGUGCCGUCCGGGACCGCCAGGGCAACGCGCAGCUUGCUCGCGAUCGCUCGGGAGGCAGGCCGCGAGGGCGUUUUCGUCUGCGACGACAACGUGAAAGGCUUCUUCGUGCAUACCUCCGGGGCUAAGCGCGAUCCCGAGGCUGCUCCUGCGAAGACGUACCUCACUCCGGCCCAGGUGCGGCAGUGGUUGCGGGGGAUCCCGCAGGACGUUCGAGACUCCGGCAGUGUAGCUGCCAGCUGCCACACGAUCCAGAUGGGGCCCGGCAAGUACCGGCAGGCAGUCUUCCAGCGGGCCCACGAUAGCAGACGCGUUCGUUCGCGUGACUUGCCCUCCGUGCUCGAGGCCCACGUCUCUCAGGGAUGUUUGUACGGGGCUUUCUCCUACCUCGCCGUGGGGUUGGGCCCGGGGUGCCUUCCCGCGGACUGCGCUGGCGCCAACCCGCGGUGCGAUUCGGAGUUGACUGUCCGGCUGUGGAUGCUCGGCCACUCCUGGCUCCGUUAUCGCAUCUCCGCAGACAAGGUGAGUUGCGCCGGCGGCCAGUUGGCGCUGUUCAAAGGGUCCGAGGCGAAGCGGGUCGCCAACGAGAAACGCAACGAGCGCCGCAUUCUCAAGUGGGCUCUCAAGGACGCCCGGGAAUGUCCCGGCCAAACUUGA